GGGCGGAGCCGCCGCUGCUGUCAUGGCGUCGCGGGCGCUGCUGGCUGAGGAGCGGCCGCUGCGGUGCCGAUAGAGCGCGGAGGAGCCGGGCAUGGAGGGCCUGGCGCAGCCCCCGCCGCCUCCGGGCUCGCCGCAGAGGGGCGGCGGGGGCGCCUCCGGCCACCUCCUCCUGGAAGAGGCGGCGGCGGGCGGCGGCUGCGGGGACGGGCCCGCGGCGGCUGAGGCGGGCGGCGGGCAGCGCAGCCCUUCCCCUCGGCCGGACCCCGCGGCCCUCCGGCCGCCGUCUCCCCCGCGGGCCGCGGAGGAUGCGGCGCCGGAGGAGCCCGGGAGCCCCGGAGCGGCGGCCGGCUCGGAGAGCGGUCCCGCGGGGGCUGGCCCCGGGAGCAGCGGGGCUCCCAGCCCGCCGGGGGAGGAGUCCCGCAGCCUGGACUCGCUGGAGUCCUUCUCCAACCUGCACUCCGGCUGCCCCAGCAGCUCCGAGCUCAACAGCGACGCCGAGGAGGCGGUGGCGGCGGCGGAGGCCGCCCCGGGGGGCCCGGCCCCGGAGCCCGGCGGGGAUAGGCCCGCGGCGGGCGCGCAGCUCCUGUCCUCCUCCAAGGAGCGCUUCCCGGGCCAGUCGGUGUACCACAUCAAGUGGGUCCGCUGGAAGGAGGAGAACACGCCCGUCAUCACCCAGAACGAGAACGGCCCCUGCCCCUUGCUGGCCAUCAUGAACGUGCUGCUCCUGGCUUGGAAGGUUAAGCUGCCACCAAUGAUGGAAAUCAUAACAGCUGAACAGCUGAUGGAAUAUUUGGGAGACUAUAUUCUUGAUGCAAAACCAAAAGAGAUAUCUGAAAUUCAGCGUCUAAAUUAUGAGCAGAAUAUGAGUGAUGCAAUGGCAAUUCUACAUAAGUUACAGACGGGUCUGGAUGUCAAUGUGAAAUUUACAGGUGUACGAGUAUUUGAAUACACACCUGAAUGCAUAGUGUUUGAUCUUCUUGAUAUCCCUUUGUACCAUGGAUGGUUAGUGGAUCCCCAGGUUGCUGAUAUAGUAAAAGCAGUUGGUAACUGCAGUUACAAUCAGCUAGUGGAGAAGAUAAUUUCUUGUAAACAGUCUGACAACAGUGAACUGGUUAGUGAAGGAUUUGUAGCUGAGCAAUUUCUAAAUAACACAGCUACACAGUUGACAUACCAUGGGCUGUGUGAAUUGACUUCAGCUGUCCAGGAAGGAGAGCUCUGUGUGUUCUUCAGGAAUAACCAUUUUAGCACUAUGACCAAAUACAAGGGUCAACUUUACCUGCUGGUGACAGACCAGGGUUUUCUUACAGAAGAGAAAGUUGUUUGGGAAAGCUUACACAACGUGGAUGGUGAUGGAAAUUUCUGUGAUUCUGAGUUCCACCUACGGCCUCCAUCAGACCCUGAAACUGUCUACAGAGGGCAGCAGGAUCAAAUAGAUCAAGAUUAUCUGAUGGCUUUGUCUCUACAACAAGAGCAGCAAAAUCAAGAAAUUAACUGGGAACAGAUACCAGAAGGAAUUAGCGAUCUAGAGCUAGCAAAGAAGCUUCAGGAAGAGGAGGACAGGCGAGCUUCUCAGUACUAUCAAGAACAAGAACAAGCAGCUGCUCAGGUCCAGCAGGUGCCAGGUGCUCCUUCUUUAGCAAGUGGAAGACAAUCUGGGAGCAAUGAACGUAAACGUAAAGAGCCUCGAGAGAAAGAGAGAGAAAAAGAGAAGAAUAGCUGUGUUCUCUUGUAACAGAAAAUGGAUUUAUUCUGGAGCCAAGUGCAUGUCCUCAGAAGCAAAAGCAAGGAGUAAAAAGGAAGACAAACCUGUUACAUGCCGCCUGUGCCUGAUUACCCCACGGAUUUUGUUCACGUUUCAGGAGAGGAUGGGUGACUUUGUUACAAUCAUGCAGACUUUCUUCAAAGUCAUAGUGUGUGCUGCUUGAGAUGGAAUUCCAAAUCACAGUUGGAUGCGGCUGUGCUUUGAGUUAGUCAUAAGUUAUACUGCACCUUGUAGCUGAACACACAGAUCAUGGCAAGUUUUGUGUCAUAGUGACAUCCAUUACUUAUUACAUCAGUUAGUAAGCUAUUUUAUCUUCUGCUCUAAACACAGGAGGUAAUUGGUUUUGUGUAAGACUUUUUUUCCUGAAGUCUGUACACUAGCACAACAGAAUCCUGUGUUACUUUAAUGAUGAGAAACUAUAUCUUAGGUUGGGUAUAGUCUCCAUAACACAAGAGCCCAAAUAACAGAUGGGCACUGCCUCCUCAAUGUGUCCAGAUAUCCUCGCUUCUGGAUUUAGUACUUUUUUUUUUUUUGAACCCAGAUUUAUACUGCGUUAGUGCUGUUGUUGCACCCCCUGGCCAGCUUUCUUGCCCCAAGAAUAUAUGACUUGAUUAUACAAAAAUUGUCAUAGAAAAUGGGGCAUUUAUUAAUGAGCAAGAUGAAUAUUGUUUGCUUUUCUUGCAGUUAUAAACUGGGUAUGGCAACUCAGAUGUUAUCAGGGUUAAACAAGUGAUUUUAUAGGUAAUGUUUUUUUCUUUUAGUAUUUUUUUUCCUCUUGUAGGUAAACUGGACCAGAUAAUUUCUUAUUUAUUGACCUCUCCGUAUGAUAGGUGAAUGAUGAGAGGAAACUAAGGUCUAUAAUAAUCCUUAUUCUAAGAAUGCAGAGUUAAAAUAACUGUCUGCCUUUUUCUCCCAGAAGUACCUUUAACAUGUCCACUUGCAUAUUUAAGCAAGUGUACUGUAAUUAAAUACACACUUUUUUGUUUCUAGGUCAUAUAUCUUCAAAAAGCACACUUCCGAAGGGUGAGAGAAAAGCUAGGCUGCUCUCUGAGAUUGUCUAGAAAGGUGGUCAGGUGUAAUAUUUUGUUUUAAAUCACUAAUUUAGUAUUUUUGGAAACAAUUUUCUAAUUUAUGGGAACCAAAUAAACAUGUUGUAUCUUACAGUAUUUAUAGCGUACAGAAACGGAAUAUUCACUGAAUUAUGAGGGAACCGCAAAUCCUCCUCCAUUUCCAUUAAGUCAAUAAGAAUUACCUUCUUGCUGAACCUUUUUGAUAAGAUUUGUAUUUCACAAUUUGUAGAUACUUUUGAAAAAGGCUGCUUCUCCUGGACAAGUUAUGAUUCAUGCUCUAGGUCUGGGUAAGUGCAUUAGUAUACAAUAGUCUAGGACAGCUAAGGCAGCCGGAUAGAAUAUGACAUUACUGGUUUCAGGUGUUUGAAGAACGUCUGUAAGAGAGUGGGUGUUUAAACACAAGUCCACAGGUAAAAAGCUGCUUUACAGUUACUUCAGGCAGACCUGCUGCGGUGAUGGCAACCAGUAAUUACAUAAAAUCUGUUAUGAACUUAGAAGGAAAGUUAGACUUGUAAAGGAAGAAUGUCUUACUAACUGAAGGGCCAGUUUAUAUCACCUUUUUCUUCCAUGACAAUUUUUUUUGUUUUUCAAUUUUGUUACACUUUUUUUACAAUAACAAAGUUAUGAAUGGUAGCUAUCUAAUAUACAAAUUGUAAAUGUAAAGAUUUCUCUAUAUUCUUUAGUAAAGUCAUGCCCAGAAAAGUCAUUUUAACACUUAAUGUAUGCAGUUGAGUUAACUUUCUAGGUCAAAGCAAAGGUUGACCUCUUUUUUCCUUUGCAGCAGCCUAACUUCAAACUAAUGUGAUGGAGGAUCACCAACAUAAUGACUUGUCUACUUUAAUCAAAUCAGAAAAUAUUUCAAUAGUGUCAAUAACAAAGACUUUAAGCCAGAAUGUUGUUUAAAAACAUUCUGUUAAUAAGAUUUUUUCCAAAUUUGUGUAUUUACAUUUAUUUAUUGCCCUUGAAAAAUAAAUAUGUCGAGCUAAGUGUUUGUUAUCUUAUUAUUUUUCACUGACAGUAUUGCAGUAUUGCCAAUUUAAAUUAUUAUUUUUUAAACUUUAACUUGAGCAGGCAAUGUGGUUAUUCAGAGUUUAUUCAGGCUUUUUGCCUGAGAUACUUGCUCAUAUUAGAACAAUUCAUGUAGCAUUUCAACUUUCAGACGGAUGUGUCUGAAAUCUAAUAUACUGUAGUGAUGGUAAUGUUAUUUGGUCACAAUGGAAGAAAAGUUAAAUGUCAGUGCUCAUCACAAAGUCUGGACUCCCCAGUAAUUCAGUUUCCCUUUCAAUAACAGGGUAAGGUUUUCAGGUUAUUUGAGAUGGGAGGCAUGCUAUUCAAACAGUUUUCUGUUAAUAUCCUUUUUUUCUUUCCAGGUCUUGGAGCUUUGGGGAAAAAAAAAAGAUAAAGAAUUCCUAAAACUUAGGGCAUUGUUCUGCAUGGGUUGAGCUUGAUAGUGGCAAAAGUUAUAAGCAGCUGAGCUUUUUAAUAUCCAAUAUGAAGUAUGUCUGGAAGAUUAAUUAACUCCCCACUAUGACUAACCAUUUCAAAAGUAACUGUCACAGUUGGUAUAUAAAAUAUCUGAAACUGAAAAAAUAUCAAUAUAUAAAAUAUCAAAAAUAUCAAAAUAUAAAAUAUCAAAAACUGAAUAGGACUGCUUUUAUCUGUAGUAGUGAACUUGGAAAACAAUGUCAAAGUAAUCAGGGAGCACUAGUAAGAUGAUACGUACUUCUGGCUCUAUUUACUUCAAUUACAGGCUUUUUUUUCAAAUCUCAUUUUCUGGCAAAAGGUACAGAUUUAUAUUUUAAAUCUGUUUAUACAAUUUAGCAUGCAUGUGCUACAAAUACCUACAUAACGUAUAUGAAAGUGUCAGCAAAGUAGAGUAGAACUUUGUUUUCCACUAGAUAAAAGCUAGCACAAAAGACAGAAUCAUAGAAUUUUUUGUUGUUGCAUUACAGUCAUGAAAUAAAGCUACAAGCACUGCCAUAGUGUUAAAGGUCUUUCUAAAAGACACUUUGUAAAUGCUCAAAUCUACCACUUAAGUUACAUUUAUGUGUAAUCUGAAGCCCAACAAAGCAGAUCCAAAUAAGGUUGUAACAUGAGAAGAAAUUAGCAUUCCUGAAAAUUCACUUAAACACAAUGCAAAAAAAUUUUUGUAGCAAGCCAUCUACUUAAUAGAAUAAAGUGUAUGUUCAGAUUGUCUUUACAGAGCUCUUCUUGUGGAUCACAGACACACAAGUUGAAAGUGAACCAUAUGCUCUUCUGUAUACACUUGCAUUGAAUUGCCAGUCAGUCUAUGCACUUGCUUGAUACUUCACAUUAUUGUCAAAUGUUUCUUCAAACUUGUACACACAAGUUCAUGAAAUUUUUUUCCAGUAUGUAAUAAAAGGCAAUUCGACCUCAUGAAAUUGGAUCUUCUGGUGUAUUCAGCAGGAAAUACUAAAGUAAAAUGUGAAGCUGAUAUACUUUUAACUGUUCUUCUUUCCUGCUACAAUAGAUCUAUAAGCCAAAGCUAACUUAUUGCUUAUGCUUAGAUCAGCUUUUUUUUUUUUUUUUUUACUAUUAGGAUGCUUAUCACGAUUGAUCACUGAAGUUUAUGCAAAGUAGAUCUUUAAAUACAACAUAAUGAAGUAAGAACUGUAUUCAUUUUACAACCUUAAGAAGUCUACUUUUAUGUAAUCUUAAACAGCAGAUAAGUCAGCAAAUGCAAGUUAAUUGGUGUUCUUGUUAGAAAGCAUAUAAGGAAAAAGCAAAAAUAAAAAGCCUUAGUUUGGUUGCACUAUAAUGCUCUUAUUUCUCCAUCCGUGCUGUGAGAGUAAGACCUUGGUAAGAGGAAAAAAAAUCUGACAUUGAAAAAUGUUCAUAUAGUCCAAUGACAACAAAUGUCAAUGCAGCAAAUUAAACAUAGGCAUUUUAUUUUGUGAUUUAGUGCAGUUACUUAACAGUCUUUUAAGCAUAACCAGCACUAGACUGGUAGCAGUGUUAUUUUGAAUGCGAAGUUUUGGUGAGAUGAAUGACACUCAUCCAAAUUCAUCUAAACAGAAAUCUAUUUGAUGUUAAUUUCCAUAGUGUUUCCACAUACUCCUCCUUCUUAACAGCUUGUUCUUACAGUUGUACAGUAGAAAAGCAAUGUAUUUAAGCUCAACUGUCUCUUCUUCUGAAGUGGAAGAAGUGUGGUGGAGAAAUGUAGAGAAGAGGCUGGAAUAUAAAAGACCUCUAUGCUGCCUACUUUUCUUGAGAUUGUCUAGGGAUUUGUCCUCAAUUUUCAUACAAUCAGAACGAUUUGGGUUGGAAGGGACCUUUAAGAUCAUCUAAUUCCAACCCUCUGCCACGGGAAGGGACAUCUUCCACCAGACCAGGCUGCUGCUCAAAGCCCCAUCCAGCCUGACCUUGAACACUUCCAGGGAUGGGGCAUCCACAGCUUCUCUGGGCAACCUGUGCCAGGGCCUCACUGCCCUAAUUUAUUAUGCUGUAGCACAGUAAAUAUGCUUUAUACAGCAUUUAUUAUGCUGUAGCAUAAUAAAUAGCUGUAGCCAUAGCAUGUACUGGCCAAACCUCACCUAAGUAAGGCCAGGCUUGAUGCAGCUCUAGGCAGGCUGCUCUAGUGGUUGGCAACCCUGCCCAGAGCAGGGGCAUUGAAACUAGAUGAUCUUUGAGGUCCUUUUCAGCUGAGGCCAUUCUAUGAUUCUAAGUAAUGACCAGCAUACAUGUUUUGUAAUGGGUUGGCAGUGUCUGUCUCUGUACACCUUCUUCUUCACUCUCAUAAUGCUUCUAGGUUAAGACUAGCUGUUCUGACCCUCUUAAAAACUCAGAACAUUUUUAUUAAAUGUCAGUUGUCUGCUGUUUAAUUUUGGUCAUUAUGUCAGCUUUGUCACUAUGAGCUCUUCCUUUACUUGGAGAGUUACCUCUGGAGAACUUGCUGAAACAUUAAAGUUCUUUACUGCCUUUAAAGUUACUCUUCUGGUUUGUAGGAUUAUUUGUGCUCAUAGAAAAAAUUCAUAUGUUGAAGUGAGCAAUUCAUUGUGCUUUGAGGCUAAGAAAUAUAAACAUCUAGUUAAUUGUCUUUAGAAAUUAAAAUACCAUGUUUGCCUGCUUGACACAAGGAAUUUUCAACAAAAUGUUGUCAUGUUUGGGAAAUCCAUAGGAAUAUUUCAGAUGAGCUUCAGUGCUCAAAAGUACAAACUUAGUUUAAACAGUAUACUUCAAAAAUAAUUUGCUGUACCAAUAUGAAAAUAAAGGAAUCUGUUUCUCUAAAUGUGUUGAUGAAACAUGAAAUAGGGCACCCAGUGCUUUCAACACUAGUUGAGUCACACAUUUAAGGAACCAGAUAGGGGUCUUGCUACAGUCUUGCUGGGGCCAAAAGUGAGUGAAAUGUCAUUGUCUGCUAUAGUCAAACACUAAGCCAAAUGCAUAUAAAUCUUGGUAGUAGGUAGGGACAUAAGAUCUUUUGUAAGUUUUUUAUUUCUUUAAUUAAUCCUUUGAGAAAGUUAACAUAGUGUUAACAUAAUUUCAGUUUAGGUCCCACCCAGUUUAUGAUACAUACUGUGAAGCCCAUAAAUUUUGGGAAGUGAUCUACCGGUGUCUCAUGAGACGGUGCCUUUAGCUCACACAAACUUGGAUUCUCCGUAGCAGAAUCCAGAGCUCAGUACUAAUAGUACUGAAUCAAUAUGGGGAACAUGACAAUAGGGGCUUCACUGUGUAAUAAUAUGUCAAUUCCGAGUAUGUAACUGUCAUAAGUCCAUAAUUUAUUACAUGUACCAGCUAUAAUAGAGCUAGUAUGAUUAUUUCAGUCUAUGCUAUAGUUGCAAUUCCUUGCUGUGAAAGAAUUACAGAGAAUUAGAUGACUGCUUUUCUAAUAGGCUUUGAAACUACCUUGAAAUGUUCUUUGUAAUACUGGAUUUUUCAGUCUUGGGAUAUUAAACAAUGCAUAAAAAUUUCUGAAUAAGAAAUGUAAUGAUUUAACGCAUAAUAUUUUUCUUCUUUUGUAGUAUGUUUAUAGGGAACAUAGUAUUUAAAAAUAUGUAUUUGAUUUUGUAUAAGAAUGCUGUAAUUACCUAUAUAUGCUGCAAUCACCUUCUAGAACUAACAAACUGCUACAUCAGUAACAAGCCUAUGUAUGCUCUCGAAAUUUCACUGGAAGAAUUUAAUAAAUGUUAGGAACAGAUUUAUUUCUAAAUAAUAUAACGCUAAAUUCUUUUUUUAACUAUGGUUUCUACUGUGCAUUCCUACAGCUAACAGUUCAGGGCUAUCUUGUGGUGGCUAAAUUAUGUGUUAGGAUCCUUCUAAACUUCCUGAGCAGUAUUGCAAUACUACUAUCACUUGUCCUAUUUUUUUUUUAAAUUAAAUGUCUGUCCAAUCCAACCUCAUACUACAACACACAGGCAUGAGAAGGAAAUUAAAACAUGGCAUUUCAGUAUAGGCUUAUGCAAGCCAGUCAUGUAAUUUAUUAAAUUUUUGAAAAAUCUUGGACAAAAUAAGGAAUCCAAUUUUUUUCAAGGCAAGCUACUGUUAGAUUAUCCUUUGCAUUUUUUCAACAAAAACAAGCUCAGUUUUGAAUGUAACCAUGUCUUCAGAUUUGAUAGCUUUGUACAAAGCAUGCACAUUCAGCAUUUUAUGCCUAUUUCUAAGGCAACUUUAGUUUCUCUUCAGUAUUUUGGUGCCAGGGCAACAACUGGUCUCUUAAUUUUAAGGGUUUUAUUAUUGCAGGUUUACCAGAACCAGAAAGUGCUGUAUAAAUUGCUGUAUAAUAUACAGUUGGGUUUUGGUGAAGUUCUUUAGAUUGAAAGCUUUAAAACAGGUUGUAUAUGAGGGGAAUAAUUAACAGUAUGCGCUUUUUUGGCCAAUUGCAGCCUUGUUAGACUUUUCAAUUGAGUUGUAUUUACUGUAGGAAGAAAAUUACUGCUUUGGAAACAAAAUUCUUCUUUCACUUGUAAAAAAUUUAAUAGCUGAUUGUAUUAUACUAUUGUAGAUAGAUACAGUGAACCAAUGAACCUACCUGUGACUUUUUAGAUUACUUUUUCAGCAAUUUGCAUUUUUAUCUUAAACAGUCAUAAUAAUUACAUGUUCAUAUUUCAUAUAAGUUGACGUCAGUAUGCUUGCAUUUCUGGAUUUCCUACAUGCUUUCUCUUUGAGCUUGACCUUUUAAGAAUCUAUUAAAAAAAGGGACCAUAGGUAGCAAGCGUUUCUCCACCUAUACUUGGCUAACUCUUGAAAUGGCCAGUGCUGUUACAUUAUGCUAAACUGUGAUUAGUCAAAUAAUUACAGUAUAGACAUUCAUUAAAUAAGCAGGACUGUGCUUUUGGUACAGUUUGUACUUGCAAAAUGAAAGCACUUAAUAGUUGUUCCCAGAUUGCUAUCAGAUCAUAUUUGACAAAUAUUCCCUUCUUGUAACUUUUUUCUCUUAUACUGAUAUUUCUGCAGUGUAUAAUCACUGUUUACAGGUCAAGACUCAAUAAACUUGUUAGUAAUACUUAAUACAAAAAGUAUCUUGUCAUUUUCUAUAAAAAUAACUUCUAAAUCUGUUGCUAUCUGCUCAGUACUAGAUCUUACAUUAAAAAAGUCACAAUAUUAAUACAUUAUAAGAGAUGAUUACAGCUACUUUCUUCAUAAGGCAGUGAAAAAUACUAUCAGUGUAUGUUCUCCCCAAGCCCCCCUUAAGUGAUACAUCUUUCCUGUUGAGUGACGUUUUUGGUUCAUCUUUCUUAUUACAACUUUCAAUUAAAGAAGUCCUUAUCAAAGUUUUCCUAAAUCUUG